AUGACUGAAACGUUCCAUACAAACGUCACUGGCACCCAUAAUGUCACCCGGGCGUUUCUCCCUCUACUCCGCGAAGGACGGGGGAAACUCGUUGUUAAUAUAUCGACAACCCUCGGCUCAAUGACGCUCGCACCAGUUUACAGAGGCUCGCCCACACCAGCUUACAAAAUCACCAAGGCAGCAUUGAACAUGUUGACGGUGCAGUACGCGCAGGAUUACGCAAGUGAAGGAUUCGCCUUUCUCGCUGUGAGUCCUGGUUGGCUCCAAACAGAUUUGGGCGGGUCGAGAGCCGAUCUCCCCCCUGCGACCGGCGCAAAGGCAGUCCUCGAUAUCGUACAGAAGGCAACUCCGUCUCAGAAUGGAAAGGCUCUGAAUAUCCAUGUGCCGGGAUGGGAGGAGAAUGAGGGAUUGAAUCGGUAUGAUGGCAAGGAGGUGCCGUGGUAA